CCUAGCCAGAAAACGGUGGCAGGUCCCUUGGGUGCGCACGCCGGAUGGCCCCAGAAUGGCCUCGUCAUCACUGGUCAUCCCCGUCGGAAACGGAAGACUCCUGUCCAGGCCUGAGUUAUCGUCUUUACUCAGGACAUACAACUGUUUCCUAAAAGAUAACACCAACCAGCAUCUCACUCUUCAUGAGACAGGAAGUGAUGUUGCACUGGAAGGCCUGCUGGUGAUCUUCUGGGGAGUGCGCAAGCCGAUUCACCUCAAGAUGCAAGACGAGUCACUGCCAGCAUCUCCUGAGUCCCCGGAUCCCACCGAACUUUUAGGGGCCAAGAGGGGGAUGACCAGAUGGGGCGAGUUCGAUGACCUUCUCCACCUCGACCAGAUGGAAGCGGUUCCCCGUGACCACGAUGCCGCGCCCUUAGAGUUUGAGAGUGGGACGUUAAGGGUGCCGAGGCGUAAAGCAGAGCUGGACGAGGCCUCCAACCUUUUCCGCACCAUGAGCGACGCCUCACUGGUGAAGGGGGCACGGGGCAGGACGGCGGACAGGCACCAGGCCCAGCAGCACCGCUUUUCCAUCAACGGCCACUUCUACAACUAUAAGACCUCGAUAUUCACACCGUCGUUCGGCACCCCGACCAACGUCCGCAUCACCGGCACGAUGACGACUCGUGAGGUUAUAGUGCAGCUACUGAAGAAGUUCAAGGUGGAGAAUGACCCCAUGGAGUUUGCCUUGUACUGCAUUCACCAGAGUGGAGAGAAAAGAAAACUGAGCGACAGUGACUUCCCACUGUGGGAGCGCCUCCUGCAGGGGCCCUCGCAGAGCGUCGUGAAGAUGUUCCUGAUGGAUGCCGACGAGCGUGAGGUCAGCAGAGACGUGGCCCAGUACCUGAACCUGGACCUGUUCUUCCUGGAGAGUGUUCUGCACAGACUAAAGGAGCAAGAGGACCGAGAGAUCAGGGUAGUUCUGGAGAAGUACAGGCAGUGGGAGGUUCUGCUUAAACAGUGCCUGAGAUCCAAGGUCACAGUCAAGGUGGAGACAACCGUGUAGUAUGGAACCACAAGGUGACCGCAGGGCGACCGCAGACCACAAAUUCCACAUUCUUUCAAAAUGCAGACAACGGGCAGCCCACUGAAGAGAAGCAUCUGGGGUUUGCUGCCAGCUUUCUGAAGAGGUCGAUGAGCAAUAGAGAUGUAUUUUCUUAGUUAUCCAGAUAAUCACCAGCUGUACUCACUGUGAGUGAAUAAAUGUGCUUGUUAGGAGAUUA